AACUGUAUAGCCCCCCUUCAGUAGGUAGCUUGUAGGUGUGCCUAUGUGGUGGUGUAAAUUCUGUCCCGUGUGGUAGGGAAUGUUAGCCCGACAUCUCCCCUCUCCCGUGGACAUCCGGACAGCCCCAGGUCCUCAUCAUGAUGAUGAACGGCAGCGUUAGGAGUCGGAGCGAGGUCACCGAGUACAUGGAAGAGGAGAGUCUGAUUUGCAAAAGGCUACCCAAAGAGCUCAUUCUGAGAAUAUUCUCCCAUCUAGACGUCGUGUCUCUCUGUCGGUGUGCCCAAGUUUCUAAGGCUUGGAACAUACUUGCACUGGAUGGUAGCAACUGGCAAAGAGUGGAUUUGUUUGACUUCCAAGUAGAUAUAGAGAGUUCAGUAGUUGAACACUUGUCCAGAAGAUGUGGAGGUUUCCUGAGACAGCUGAGCCUGCGGGGAUGUCAGAGUGUACAGGACAGGGCACUAGAAAUAUUUGCUCAGAAUUGCAGAAAUAUAGAGAGCCUAUGUCUUGCUGGGUGCAAAAAGAUUACCAAUGGGACAUGUAACAGCCUGGGGAAGUUCUCCCACAAGUUGCUGUGGUUAGACCUGGGGUCUUGUUCUCUCAUCACCGACAAUGCGCUCAAAGCACUCAGUGAUGGAUGUCCCCUGUUGGAGUACCUGUCUAUAGCAUGGUGUGACCAAAUCACAGAGAAUGGAAUAGAAGCUUUAGCGAGAGGGUGCAAUAAAUUACAAGUGCUCAUAGCCAAAGGCUGCAUAUUGCUGACAGACAGAGCGCUGAAGCACCUUGCCAAUUACUGUCCACUUGUUAGAACCCUGAACCUGCAUAGUUGCAAUAAUGUCACAGAUGAUGGAAUCAGACAUAUAAGCUCAGGCUGCCACCUGCUGGAGUCCCUGUGUGUGUCUGGCUGCACACACCUUACAGAUGGCACACUGGUGGCCCUGGGGGCAGGAUGCUACCAGCUCAGAACACUGGAGUUGGCAGGGUGUUCUCAGUUUACAGAUAACGGCUUCAUGGUGCUUGCUCGGAAUUGCCAUCACCUGGAAAGAAUGGAUUUAGAAGAAUGUGUUCUGAUAACAGAUGCUACAUUAGGCCACCUUGCUGCUCACUGUCCAUGGUUGUCAAAGUUGAGUUUGUCCCACUGUGAAUUAAUAACAGAUGAGGGGAUCAGACAACUUGGCACAGGUGCGUGUGCACCCGAGCACCUGGAGGUGCUGGAACUAGACAACUGUCCACUCAUCACAGAUGCUUCCCUGGAACAUCUCAUGGGCUGCCAGAGUCUGGAAAGAAUCGAACUGUAUGAUUGUCAACUCAUUACAAGGGCCGGGAUAAGGAGACUUCGGGCCCAGCUUCCCAACAUCAAAGUCCAUGCCUACUUUGCACCAGUAACGCCUCCACCAUCAGUUGGAGGUGGUCGGCAGCGAUACUGUCGCUGUUGUGUCAUUCUGUGAUCCAAUUCUGUACAGCAGUAACAGAAGGACUAACGUUAACCUGCAGCUCUGCCGGCUUCCUAUCCACCACAGACUCUGGGAGUCAAGAGAGUUGUCAACAGACUGGAGUUUCUGAGACACUGAAUGUUGGAGGCAGCUUGGGAUGGGCACAGCUACUUAAACAAGUCUUUGGAACUUAAUGAUUGAUUGAAACCAAAAUUUAACAUUUUCUGCUUACAUUCAACAGUAGUGAUGAUACUUCUCCCGUUAUUAAACAUCACAGCACACAAAAUUCAUUCUUCAAACUGGAGGUAAGGUAAGCUAAUCCAAGUAUGACUUGGCCUUGUAUCCAUCCCUAUACCAUCCAUCAUUAGUUAGAUUGCUGUACCUUGCUAUAGAAACUUCUCAAUGGUACAAUAACAGGAGAUGGGUGUGUAUUUGGUGUAAUUUUUGUGUAUGUUGAUUUAAAAAUACUAAAGGAAUGAACUAUGAUUAUUGUUGUUGAAUGUAGUCAGAAAAUGUUGUGUUUUAGUUUUAUACAGUUUCAAACAAGAACAUCAUUUGAAAUCUAAAACAGUUUUUCUAUUAUAUUUUGCCAAGUGAGUAGGAAUUGCAGACCCAAAUGCUUUCAUUAAGGUGACUGUCCUUUUUUCCUUGUUUCAAACAAAUUUAAAACACAAAGAAUUGAGUAAAUAUUUGGCAUUGUAAAGGAAGAAUUUUUGGUACAUGCGUAUGUCCAUUUGAAGAGAUGUUGCAUACAUAACUGCAAAAUUGUAAUUUUGGAAAUGCAGUUAGAAUGGUAUAGGAAGCGUUUACUUGAUAUGGUUAGACAGCCAAAGAAUGUUAUAAACAUGCAGGUGUACAAAGGAAGGGAAAAGAUGAAAUAUUUUGUAUUGAAGCUUAGAACAACUUGUAAUAUACACAAUGCAUAGCAUCCUCUGCAGAAAGACGCUCUUUCAGCUAGCAGCAGAAGUAACAGUGUCAAAUGAAAAUGUUUCGACUCCUGAGUGUUUUCAACAUGCUAGCUGCAAUUCUUUUGUCCUUCGUACUUUUGUAAAUUUAAACCAUUGUAAAUUUUUUGGAGAGUAGCAAUUCAUUGCUGACAGAUCCUACCAGACUAGGUGAAGUGGCAGAAGUUUCACGACAUCUCAGUUUAGGGCAGAUGAAUUGGGAUGGGGUAGAUAUUCCCACGGGUUGUAAUGAAUGUUGCUGCAGAAUGACUUUAGAAACCUGGUUCGAAACCAACAGAAACAAGGGUGUUAUUCUGCUGCUUCAAAUUAUCCUUGGAUCUGAAUGUGACCAUGCAUAUCUGUUGACUGUUGCUCUGGUGAACAUGAUGUAUAUUUGUAAGGAGUAAAAGAUUCCAGAAACGUCGUUCAAAACUCACAGAAGUCUGUAACAGCCCCCAUCCCCCAUGGAACAGAUGGGGAUAGGUUUCUAUGUUAGGCGCAAUUUGCACCAGGAGCAUUCUUAAUGUAUGACAAUGGUGUAUGACAAGGUUGUAUGUCCUGAGCAUACAGCCCCUUUUUGCUUAAUGGAAGUUGUCAACAGUGAUGGGGACCAUUUUUAUGCAGUCAUAUCUCCAGAUAGACGUAUGACCACCCAACAGGAUGUCUAUGAUGCUUCCAGCCUGGUAUCAAUCAGAUCUUGUUCGGUCCUACACGUACAACAACUCCCAGGUGCUGGCUUUUUCCGCUGCAGGACGUCAGAAUAUGGCAGUCACUACAAGUCUUCUUAUUGAGAUUUUCUUGAGUAUCUGUGUGUUUUUGCAGUCACUAGCUGGAAAGUAGCCAAUGUCGUCUCUUUUGACUGACAGACUGAUCAAUCUGGCCUUGAGCUUCAAUAAUAGUGUUGUGGCUGCAAAAAUGGCUGCCUGUUGAAUCUUAUGGUACCUCACAGUCCUUGCGACAUUCAAUAUGACGUCUGCAUAACAUUACCUGAGGCGGCAAAUGCACACUCAAAAACAAGACAAGCGUUAUACAUCACACCAUCAACAAACUAUAUUAUGUUCUCCCACCAUUUGAAAGUUGCACGCUGUCAAGGGCCAAGGCAUCAUUACAGUGUGGGCUCAGCACAAGUGGGAGUCCCUGGAAACCUCCUGUCUGUGUGUGUGAGUACAAGCUGGCAUAUAACCUUGUCGUACAUCGUUGUCAUACGUCUAGAAAUUUCCCUCCUGUAAAUUGGGCCUUAAUGAGAGGUAAAACAGAGUUUUAUAUGCAGUGUUGAUUAUAUGGAGUCUGAUUAGAUAGCAAAAUACAAAGGAAAAGGCAGAAUACAGCAAAAUGCAUAUUGACCAAUACAGAGUCAUUAGUUUGGGACAUCAUUUUCUGCAAUACAGAAGGUUUUACUUGUAAACUCCAAUCGUACAAUGUUAUUGGCUUUAACUUUAAGCGUUCAGUACACCUUCUUAGAACAGUUACCUUGAAGUGUUCUUUCCAAACACUGUCCCAUCAUUGCAUUGGGAAACACAAUUUCCCAGCAGGAAGUUUCAUAAGAAUCAUUCACCACACAAUUGUACAACAAUGCUGUGCUAAUCUACAAGACCCUACAUGCACGAGAUGUUUGUGUAUUGCAGGACUAGAGCACACGGACAACUAGGCAGAGCACAAGCAGUCAGCUGGUUGUCCCAAAACCUAAACGACAGACCUUCAGAAAAUCAAUAGCAUACCAUGGACCAAAUGUCUGGAACUACCUACUGCCAGACAUAUACAUUUGUAUAUGGCUCCAAAUCUGACUUCCUUUAAGACCCCAUUCACACUCAGAAAAAACGAUUCAAAUAAAACAUGUUAUCUGAAUAAAACGACCCAAUUCGAAUAAGUUUCUGCAGUGUGAACGCUCGUAAUCACUUGGAUUUCGUCGAAGUGAAUCCUUCGCGAUCCACCUUGGGGAGGUGUAUAGAACUGGGGAAAGUGCAUAAAACUGCGCUGCAGGGAGUCCCGAUUCGUGGGAUUCGGCAGUGUGAACGCGCAAGUGGAUAGGAUUCCGCUAAUUCCGGGGUGUAACGUCAUUCAUCCGGGAACUUGGGGUCAUACUUUGCAUCCCGCGGGAAACACUACACACGCCUGAUCGCUUCGUUUUUCAGCGAGCAUUUUCCGCCGUAUUUUACUUCCAACAACAAUAAGCAUAAAGAAAGGGAAAUCUUCAUCAUUCGCCAAGUGGACACUGUAACAAACGAAGCUGCUUAUUUCCAUCUGGGGUUGGAAGGAGCCGCAGAAAAAGCUUGGGAAGGUUCAUAAAAACAGGGACAUUAUAGUAUGAAGAUAUCUCCGAAGGAAUGGUGGAGCAUGGAGUUGAGACAUCCCUCGACCAGUGCAGAAAUAAAGUGAAUCUCACCGCCAACUAUUACAAGACGUAGCGAUACAUCUGUGAAACGCAACUAAUGUUUUAUUCAGAUAAGACUGAGGGCGCACUAAUCGCAUUGCUGAAGAGCAGUGUGAACACAAUUUUGGAUCGGAUAGAAAAUUUUUUAUUCGGAUAAAUGUUUUAUUCGAAUCGUUUUUCUGAGUGUGAACGGGGUCUAAGAGACUCUUGAAGUAAAAGAAAUGACCAAAACGAACGGACUCAGGCAGUGCACCCUGAGCUUUUGCUAUACUUUAUGUUUUGUACCAUGUAUACAUGUAUGUAUGUAAUGAUAUAUUUAUGUUGAUUUAUUAGGACUCCAUGUAAUCUGUAUCUCUGUUAUGUUAUAUUUGACCUCCCUCAUGACCUCAAUGAAAAGCGGCCUGCAGGCCGAUUUGAGCUUUUCAUGAAGAAAUAAAGGUUCAAACAAAUCAAACUAAAACCAAAUGAUUGGCAUUAACAGUUCCUAAUACCAGGCACUAUUGAUUGCUGUCUAUCUUUGUAGAGAUUUUUGCUAAUUUUUCUGUAGUCCAAUAACUUUGUGCCAUGGAUAAGUCCUGUCUGCAGUUGGUUGCCUUCAUCAGACCUGUAAGAUGUUAGGUCCAAAUGUCUCAGUACUAAACAUUGAAAACAUCACUAAGUAUGAAGUUGAAGAAAUGUUGCAUGACUUAGUAAAACAAUAUUUUUGUCAUCUUCUGUAUGUCUAUUAGACUAUACAUAGUCAAAAGUUAUAAACAUUCUGUGUGCUUCUUGUCUUUGAUUACAAGAACAAUUGGAGAACUUGUUGCAUUCUUAUGUUAAAAAGUGAUAUGGAAUGUUGAAGUUUCCCUUGUAUGUUUUGGUGUCUACACAUCAAAACCUUCUGUAUUUCUUAGGAUAACUUCCCUGUGAAGUGUAUUUCACCGAUGUUGCUAUGUCAGUUGUAUUUCCCUUUCUGGCAUAUUUUACUAUCAGUUGGUAAUAUUAUUUCAUAGGGGCAUCAGGGCUUGAAAUAUUAAAUGUACCUUGGUUGCCAAUUUGCACUGCUCAACAAUAUUUUAUUAAGAAACUCAAUGUAGCCUAUAAACUAAGUUGACACCUUGUUUGGGCUGACGUGUGGUGUAACCUGUUUACUGCGGUGUCCAGUAAGAAGCAAAGCAUUUGUCAUGGAGAGUAAAAAAUGGGGGUAAAUCAUGACCACAACACUUAUCAAAUUGCAAGUAAUUUUCUUUCAGUCAUCCUUUUUUCAGCCCGGCUGUAUGUAUAUGCUGGAAUCAGUGAUAAGAGCCACAUCUUACACAAUGUGUCAAAUUAACUCUUUCAUGAUGUGUGUGGGUCUUGAAAUCAUAACGUCCAGCACAAAUCGGUAAAAUCACGCAGAGCCUUUAAGAGACUUUCCCUCUCUAUGACUGUGCAUUUUUCCUGCCAUGAAAAAUUUGAAGGUGAGCAACCUCAUGUCAACUGAACCAACCUUAAAGUUUACAUAACUAAUAAACAGCAAAACCUGACAGUACUGUUAUUCAUUUUUCCAUGAAUUGUUAGGAAAAUGAAAUUUCCUUUUUCAUUCACAUUGAAAUUUUGUCUUCUGAAAACAUCUAGAUGUACUUUAAUUUGUACUGUGUGCUCUUUGGUGGGUUCUGAUAUCACAAAAGAACAUCCUUUCCUUUCUGUGAUGUUGCUAAUUUGUAGCACAUGGCAGAUGAUUUCAAAGAUUGCAAAGAUAUUUUCACAAUGAUUAAUGUACCAAAUUUUGUUCAGUCAAACCUGUCUAUAGCAGCCACUCAAGGGACUGGAGAAAUGUGGCCACUAUAGACAGGUGGCCACUAUAGAGAAUAUGCUGAUCAAUUGAUCACGAGCAAAAGGUUCCACAUGCUUACUAAUCUUUCUCACCAAGUAACAUUGUCGUGAUCGUCACAAAAUUCAACUGUCCCUGCCAAAAUAUGCAUGUACAAUGUUGGUAAAUUUGCUGAAAAAGACUUGCGCUCUAACGUUCUAGCACACGUACCUUCGACUACUGACAAAAUGACCCUGUCGGGAACUCCAAAUCCUCGCAAUCUAUGAUUUUAAAUCGGGGCGCAGGGUGACAUACGGCCAUUGUAUUGUCACAAUAGGCAGUGUUUCUGUACCUACGGGACUGGAAAUCGUGUGGCCGUGGCCGCGUUGAACAGUUGGCUGCUAUAGACUAUUUCUUAAUAGGUCAAUGGGAAAAAUCCAAGGGGCGGACAGAAAGUGACCGCAUGGCCAGGUGGUUGCUAUGCAAAGGUUGGCUCUAAUACAGGUUUGACUGUAAAUGAUGGAUACCUCAUUUCACAAGCAACGGGAAUGAUGAUUACUUCAAAUAGUGCAGACAGCUGACUUAAAGCGCUUCAUACAUGUACUGUCAUCCUUCUUUGUAGAUUGCAGUAGAAUUCCUUUUGAUGGCUUGUUUGUGUACAUUUUUUAAUUCUGGGUUAAGAUGAUAUAUGGAUAGUAGGGCCUUGAAACAAUGGCAAACUGAAAUGUUAUCUGGAAACUCAGAUCUUGGCUUAGGCUGCCCACAGGGUAAAUAAUGGACCUACAAUGUACAUGUACAUCAUAUAAAAUCUUCAUGGCAUAGAUCAGCACCAGCUAUCAGAGGAUGGUGAUUCACUUUACAUUGUAACUGUCCAAAAUUUGUGUAUGGUAUAAUCAUAUAUCACAGAGAAUUUGUCAAUUUAAAUGAUUUAAGUCAAGUACUUCUGACAUGAAUGCAUUAAGCCACACCCGAUUAAAAUGCAUGGAGAUUUCCUGACCUUUACAUUGCAUUUUGACCUUAAGACCCCGUUCACAUUCAAAAAGAACAAGCGGAUUUAACAUAAUCCGGAUCAAACUUUUGCAAUCCGAUUUGAAAUAAAUGUGUUCACACUCAUUUCCAGACAAUCUGAUUAAUUGAAACAAAAACACACACAAUCCAAGCUGUUCCCUAUGUGGACUUAGUUACUUUUCUUUCGUACAACAUUGUUUGUAAGUUUCCUCAAACGCACUCUUAAUCAUGAUCCAGAGGGAGAUCUGCUCAAAGGUGUCCUUGUUUUUUGUGGAUUUUUUCGAGCUUGCUUCGUGUUUCCUCUCUCCUCCAGCGUGCGAUUAAAAGCUUUUAAAAUUAACAUAGAAUUCAUCCACGUUGUGUCGCAGUUUGUUUGCAAGUGUCUCAAAGUACCUCGCGGGGAUGGAUUGCAAACGGGCCAGAUCAGUGAAAAUCCAAGCUGAUUAGAGCGUUCACUUUCAAAACAUUAAUCCGGAUCCUUGCAGUUUAUCGGAUUGCACUUUUAAUCCGCUUUCUUUUUUAAAAAUGAGAACAGGGUCUAGGUGAUUGGGAUAUAGUAGCCAACAGAAUUACAGGCAAACUGUUGUGUGAAAUCAUUGAAAUAAUUUGUUAAAAGAACUACAGGCAUAUUUCUUUUAUCCCCAAAGAAUAACAGAAACCUGGCCUACUACUGUUUGGUAUGGCAUACAGCUCUCAUAUGUUAAUUAACAUAUAAUAUUGUUAGUGGUCAGUUACUGAUUAUUAGUACCAUGUAUACAAGUGCUUUAAAUGUACCUUCAAUUUUUGGGUCCCAAUAUUCCAGUGUAUCCUACUGUCACCAACUACCACUGUUUUUUAAUGAACAAGAUGUACUGCAAUGUGAAAUGUGUACUUAAAAGUGACAAAGUGAAUUGAUUUCCUUAGAUGACCUUUUUAGGUCUAUUUUGUUCACUACCUGACUUAGGGUAUGAUAUAGGGAAGGCUUUGUUAAUAUCUUGAUCAUUUUUGUGAGGGAGGGUGUUUUAAUGAUGCCCCUUAAAGAAUUCAUUACGUAGAGAAAAGCUGUUGAAAACUAUAGCAUUAGAAAUUCAUUUUUUUAAAUGCCUUGUACCUUUGAUGUAUUCUCUGGAGGACCCAAUUUUAAAAUAUGUUUUACACCCUACUGAUAACAUGGAUGAAAAUUACAAUUUUCUAACCAAGAGCUGCAUUUACUUCAAUAUCCUUUCUGCUUGGUCCAGCAGGCCAGAGAGAUUGGGAUGAUAAAAUCCUGGAGUGACCAUGCAGGACAGAUCAGCACAGGAUGAGAGCCUUGCAAUUAGAUAUUAAAUCCAGAUGCAUCUCACAGAUAUUUGCCAGUCUGACCUACAUUUCUACAUGUACAUACCAACAUCUCUUCCUACCAGUAACAUUCCUGAAGAUGCAUACUUUCUCCUAUCUCGUAAAUAGCUCUAACACAACUUGUACUCUUUAGCUUAUAAAUUAAUGCAAUUAAUUAUUGAGAAUAUUGUAACUUUAUUUAUACUUUCUUUUCUUUACCACAAUAUUGAUAUUGCUGUCAGCUCUGCACCAAAUUGAUAUUUGAUAUUUCUUUGGGGGAAAGAUUUUUUGUAUUUGUUGGUUCAACCUAAUUUAAUAUUCCAGCCAGAAUUGUAACAAGAAAAUGUACAUUAUGCAGACAGAUACCAGUGUCAUGAUAAUUAAUUGUUAAGACAAUUUCUACAUAACUAGCUUUUGCACACUUUAUUGAAUAAAAUAUAGCAGUAUCAUGAUGACCUCA